AUGGAAAACGGCGAGGGCGUAGAACUAAACGAGGAACAAAUACUGUGCCUGUACAUUGACACGAAGAAGUACCAGAAAACGCUAGGUGUGUGCUUCUAUAACUAUUUAAAGUAUGAAUUUUUGAUGACCGAAUUUAUUGACAAUGGAUACUUCACAGCUUUGGAAUCUCUGUUCAUACAGAAGAGGCCUUACAAGUGCUUUUUCAACAGCAUGAACGAUUUGGUUGAUGACGAGAGGCUUUUAAAUUUAUUUAAAAUGUGUAACAUAGAGGCGGUUGCCUUGGAAAGGAAAAAAUACGAUGUAUCAAAUUUGAAAGAGGAGCUAAAAUUAAUAAUUCCACAAAAUGACGACGUUCGAAAUUAUGAUAAACAUUUGGAGUUAGAAAACGCAUGUAAGUGCUUAAUGGUUUUAAUAAACCAUUUGAAGGUUAAGGAAAAUAAAGACAUACACUACCAGUGUAGCAUUAACAUACAUAACAUGGAUCUGUACAUGCGAUUGGACAAGGCAGCUAUAAGUGCGCUGAAUAUACUUCCCAACAAAAAGAACACAAACAGUUACAGUAACAAUACGAGUUUGUUAAAAUUUUUAAAUAAGUGUAACACAACCAUCGGGUGUAAGAAGCUAAUGUCUUGGCUAACACAACCUCUGACAAGUGUUUCCGAAAUUAAUAAACGAUUGAACAUCGUUGAAACGUUUAUAGAAGAAGACGAUUUGCGCAACAGCGUGUAUUGUAAUUACCUGAAAAGGAUCCCCGAGCUGGAUAAGCUAAACCACUACUUAAAGGAGAUUAACCAAAAUAACGAAAUAAAGGGGAACUCCAAAUAUAAUGAAGAAAUGAUUCUAAAAGAUAUUGUCAAGCUGUAUUAUGCCAUUUUGGACUUUAAGCAAAUAUACUUUUCGUUGGUAUCAAUUGAAGGGAAACACAAACAAACGGUAAUCGAAAUGGUUGUGAACCCCCUGCAUGAAAUAUUAAAUAAUUUCUCCAAAUUGCUAGACAUGAUCGAAAUGACCAUAGAUCUGAAAGAAAUUGAAGAAAAUAAAGUUUAUUUAAUUUCUAAAAAUUUUGAUGAAGAACUGGAAGAAAUAUCAAACGAGAAAAAUGCUCUAAUGAAAAAAAUUAAAAGACAUAAGGAGGACGUCGAAAGGGAUUUAUUUUCAGACAAAUGUGACAGACGUUAUAAGAGGACCAACAGGGAGGACAUCCGACUGGUAGAUUGCAACACAAACGUAUUCCUAUUUAGAGUAUCCAAAAAGGAUUCCACCCUAAUUCAACACCAAAAAAAAUGCAUAUCAGUUCGCAUGAAUAAGAACGAAUUUUUAUUCACAACGAGCACUUUAAAAGGGCUAUGUAAGCAGUACGAACAUUGUUUAAAUAUUUACAACACAUUGCAAUUAGAAAUUGUGAAGAAGACCAUAUGUGCCGUGUCGACCUACACACCCGUGAUCGAAAAAUUUAUAGAUGUUGUAUCCACCCUGGACGUGUUGGUAUCCUUCGCCGUUGUUUGUUAUAAUUCCCCCUUUCCGUACGUAAGGCCCACCGUGGUAGAAGAUGGGGAGAAUGUAAUUAUGAAAAAGUCAAGGCACCCUUUGUUAGAAUUACAGCACAAUUUGAGCAACUUCAUUCCAAAUGACAUUCACAUGAAUAAAAAGGAAAGCAGAUUGAUAAUUGUCACCGGACCGAACAUGGGAGGGAAGAGCACGUACAUCAGACAGACAGCUAUAAUUUGUAUCCUGGCUCAAAUAGGUAUGUUUGUGCCGUGCGACUUUUGUGAAAUUCCUGUUUUUAGUCAAGUCAUGUGUAGAGUAGGUGCUUCUGAUUUUCAGUUAAAGGGCAUAUCGACCUUCCUAUCCGAAAUGAUAGAAGCAUCCGCUAUAGUUAAAAAUGCGGACAAAAAUUCCUUCAUCAUUGUAGAUGAAUUAGGAAGAGGGACAUCCACCUAUGAAGGGCUAGGCAUCAGUUGGUCCAUUGGCAAAUACAUUUUGGACCACAUAAAAUGCUUCUGUUUAUUUGCUACUCAUUUUCAUGAAAUUUCGAACAUUGCUUAUCAGUGUGAGGGAGUCAUCAACAGGCAUGUCGAAACGACCAUCGAUCAGAAGCAAAAAAAAAUCUGCUUCUUGUACGAAAUUAAGGAUGGCGCAUCGAACAAAAGCUACGGAGUUAAUGUUGCUGAAAUAGCCAAGUUGCCGAAGGACGUGAUUCAAAGGGCCUACGAAAAAGUAGAAGAACUGGAGUCAGCGGAAAAUAAAUACUACCUGAAGGAAAAGCUAAACAUUGACACCUCCUCCAGUACUAAUGAAAAUUACAAAAAUAAAAUUUCCAACUAUAUGAAAAUUAAGGACGAAAUUAAUUACCUCUUUUCCUCCUCCAGUGAGAGUGAGUUCAUGGACAGAUUCAUGUCCAAGAAGAGCUACUUGAAGGAGUUCGCUAUUUAA